AUGGUGCGCAUUCUUGUCAUAAAUCCAAAUUCUACAGUGGAAAUGACCAACAAUGUAAAAAAGGUCUUGGAUUCCUGUACGCCACUGGAUGUUGAAUUACAAUACCUUAGUGGCCCUCCGAACGGACCUGCUUCAAUUGAAUCUGUAUUUGAUGGAAUCCUUACCGCAUCGUUUGUCAUGCGACAUUUCAAGCAGAAUCCUCCUCAGUGCGAUGCCUUUUUAGUCGCUUGCUAUUCGGAUCAUCCACUUGUUUCUGCAUUGCGUGAAGCUUAUAAAAAACCUUGUCUUGGCAUUAUGCAAGCUUCGAUAUUCGCAGCUUUGUCUCUAGGUCGUAAAGUAGCAAUUGUUACAACAACAAAACGUUACGAACCAUUACUCAGCGCUGGUGUUCGUGCUAUGGGUAUAUCUGACAGCGUCUUCGCUGGAGUAGUGUCCACGGGCUUGACCCCUUUGGAACUUGAAUCAAAGCCACGCACUGAGGUAGAUGCUCUUGUGCAGAAAAGUUCUCGCAGAGCCGUCCAGGAAUUGGGAGCAGAUGUAAUAUGCCUUGGGUGUGCUGGAAUGGCUCACAUGGUAGAGGUUGUUCAACAGGCAGUAGGUCCCGAUGUUCCCGUUGUUGAAGGAGCAAAGGCUGGAGUGGGAAUGUUGACUAGUCUUGUUCAAAUGUCUUUGUUUACUUCCAAGGUCGGUGCAUAUCAAGCCAUUCCAUUCUAA